CCGGCCGAAGUGGUGCGAGGGUGCGUGGUGCGCCGUGCGUGCGAGCGUCAUAAACGUGUUCGAGCGCGUUGGAAAUCCCGCCGGGACGUCGGACUGGGUACGGUACUAAAAGAGGGAAAAAAGGAAGGAAUCUCCUCCUCCGUGAGUCGAGUGAGUGAGAGAGAGAGAGAGAGAGAAAGAAAGAGAAAGAGAGCGCGCGCGAGACGGGGAUAAAUAGAGGGAGAAAGAGAGAACAGGUCGCGCGAGGAGGCCCCGAGGGAGUGCCAUGCGUCGCGAAUCUCGUCAGCUCGGUAUCGUCGCGCGGUGAGGUGCGCUUUAAACACGGUGGCUCAACUCAGCUAAGCUCAACUCAACUCAAUUCAAUUCAAUUCAAUUCAAUUCAGUUCAGUUCAGUUCAGUUCAGUUCGGUUCAGUUCAGCUCGAUUCGACUUGACUCGGCGUUCUCGUGUACUCGCGCGUCGUUCACACGAUUCGUGUUUAGUCUACGUCCACGUCGUCAUCGUUAUCUUCAUCGCCGUUGCCGUCACCGCCGCUGCUGUUAAGCGGCAGUCCGUACGACGGAUCUCUUGGAAUGCUUUCGGGCUCUACCUGACACUACGUGGCCGUUUAAUCCAAGACGCUGAAAGAAAGACUAAAAACAUGGGAUGCAAUGUGGGCCGAUGCCUCGGUCCACGCAAUACGAGGUAUCCUGGAUCAGGAUUCAUGGCAGCCAUUAGGAAGAAGUUGGUUAUUGUAGGCGACGGUGCUUGUGGUAAAACAUGUCUACUCAUAGUGUUCAGCAAAGACCAGUUUCCUGAGGUCUACGUACCCACAGUAUUCGAAAACUAUGUCGCUGAUAUUGAAGUUGAUGGCAAACAGGUGGAACUAGCUCUUUGGGACACAGCAGGACAAGAAGAUUAUGACAGGUUGCGUCCGCUGUCUUAUCCGGAUACAGAUGUCAUAUUAAUGUGCUUCUCCAUCGAUAGUCCCGAUUCCUUGGAGAACAUUCCUGAGAAGUGGACACCAGAGGUGAAGCACUUCUGCCCGAAUGUACCCAUUAUCCUUGUGGGAAACAAAAAAGACUUGCGUAAUGAUCCUAAUACCAUCAAGGAACUUAGCAAGAUGAAACAGGAGCCGGUCAAGCCCGAAGAGGGUAGAGCCAUGGCUGAGAAAAUCAAUGCUUUCGCCUACCUUGAGUGUUCUGCUAAGAGCAAGGAAGGUGUAAGGGAAGUUUUUGAAACAGCAACUCGAGCUGCAUUACAAGUAAAGAAGAAGAAGAGGGGCAGAUGUAGGCUUCUUUAAGAUGUUAUGACAAAUGAGCCUGUACACAGGCAAAAUUAUGGAAUUGCGGAACUAGCUGCAGAAAAGCUAGUCGUAAAUACCGCACAUCCCCAGCGGACAACAAAAAAAUAAAAGAAAAGGUGCAAGAAAAGGCAUACAUAUAUAAUGUAUAUUGUAAUCACUACCUUGAUUGUGUAUUUUUUAACAGUAAUGAAUUGUGCUUCGAGUUUAAAUCAUUAAAACAAAAAUAAUUAUCAUACCAGCUAUCUACGUCGUACACAAUUAUCUUUAUCAUUGUAGUAAUUAUUACUAUCUCAUUAUUAUUAUUAUUAUUAUUAUUAUUAUUAUUAAUAUUAUAAUUAUAUGCAUUCUACAUCUUUGCUUUUUUUUUAUCGUAGUGGCUCUUUAUUUUGGUAAUAAAUAAAAUGAAAGAAUAAUUAAGCGAGCGGAAAAGUAUUGAUAAGAAACAUUGAAUAUACAAAACAAGUGUAACACGUGAAAUAUAGUCAAAGAACAAUGUAAGGAUUCAAAGGAACGGUUCGAGAAAACUUCGAAUCUUGCAUCGCUUUUUUUACUAAAAAAAAUAGUCGCAUUUUUGCGAUCCUUUUGAACGAAAAAAGGAAACUAACAGACAUUUAUUAUCAUACAUUAUAAAUGCGUAUAGACCUGCAGAUCAUUUGGAUCUUUAAGAUAUCAAUUAAAUUAAAUGUGUGUAUUAUUAUAUUUUAUUAUUAUACUUUAUUAUAAUUAUUGUAUUACGAUGACACUAACAUAACGGAGAUUAUAAUAGCGACUACAUUAUAUUUAUGUAUUUCGGGGAACGCGUUUCUUUUUGUCUGACCAAACCGUGACUGGACUUGCGGUUUGCACUUUUUUAUACACAUACAUACGUCAUCGAUAUCUUUAGCGUAUGAUGUACUAAACUCGGAGAUUAUCGGUCGUGUGUAUCUUGCGCACGGCGGUAUAUAUCUUGCUUUGAUUUUACCGUGUGUGCCACGAUUGUAGAGCCGAGCUGCUUCGCAAAUUUUACAUCAAUGUUCGACCUAUUUGUUUUAGCCAUAAACUCUUCCCGUUUCGCUUGCGCUAUUCUUUAUGCCAAGGUGAAAAAAGAAAGGAUGACGCUACUCGUCUUCUUUUUGUAGAUCCGUCUAAUCUGUAAGAUUUUUGUAAUAAAAUCGUGUCACAAA